GGAGGCCCCACCAGCACUAAGAACAUGAGGAGUUGAUCGAAAAGACUUGAGAUGUUCCCCUGGCUAUACCUUCUACUCUUUCACCUCCUAUGGCCCUACGUGUGGCCCUUCAGAAUCUGCGCCUUCAAUGCCCAGCACUUUGGGGAGAAGAAGGCCGCCAACCAGGAGGUGCUGGAUUUAAUAGUCAAGAUUGUACAGCGGUGCGACAUCUGUCUCCUCCAGGAAGUGCAGGACCCCAAAGGCCAAGCCUUGUCCAAACUCUUGCAGGAACUGAACAGACCACAAGACCUUUUCCUGGCUGUUGUUAGUCCCUCUCUGGGCCGGAAGUCUUACACUGAACAAUAUGUCUUCAUAUAUAAAUCAGACAAGAUUUCAGUGAGGGAUCAGUAUAAGUACCAUGACAAUGACCCAUCCAAACCAGACAUUUUUGCUCGGGAACCAUAUGUGGUCCGCUUCACAUUGCAAUCUGCAGACCUGCAAGAUCUGGUUCUGAUUCCCCAACAUACAGUCCCAGACAAAGCCAUGGAGGAACUUGAAACCCUUUAUGAUGUAUUUCUGGAUGUCAGGAGCCGCUGGCGCUGUAAUAAUCUGGUUUUUAUGGGCGACUUUAAUGCUGGCUGCAGUUACCUCUCUAUGAAGAAGAGGCGCUCUCUCCGAUUAUAUAGUGAUCCGGAUUUUCAUUGGCUGAUCGGGGAUGACAUGGACACUACAGUGAGAGAAAGCACAAAGUGCCCAUAUGACAGGAUAGUGGUGUACGGGCAGGAAUUGGUACGGUCGGUGAAAACUGCCGGAAUUUACAAUUUUACAAAUGAGCUGGGACUCACAGAGGCGGAGGUAUGGAAUGAAGAUAAGGAGACUUCUAUGGCUUGA